CCAACUGUGCUGCAGCUGUUCGAAGCAAGCAACCACAUCAUCUUCAAUGACCGCGGCACAGGCAUCAAGUUUGGCGACCUCUUCAAGCAGCAGCGCGCGCUCGUCUUCUUCUUGCGCCACUGGUGGUGCCCCUUCUGCCAGCAGUUCGCUCAGUCACUCAAGCACAUCGACCUAGCCCCACUCAAGCGCGCCGGCCUGGACAUCGUCAUCAUCGGUCAAGGCAGCUGGCAGGUUAUCACGUCUUUCAAAGCGGUACUCGGCGUUCCAUUCCCGCUGUAUGCGGACCCUGAGCGCAACGUGUACAAGUCCCUCGGCAUGACGAUGCGCACCAACGACCCCGGUCCUGAGUGCGCCGUGCCUGACUAUAUAAAGCACGGUAUGACCAAGGCCACUUUUACGGCCAUCAAAAUCGGCUCCCCUGGAGACCUCAAGCUUCUUGGGGGCGAGUUCAUUCUCGGUCCCGGCCUGCAGUGCUCCUUCACGCACCGCAUGGUCACCGUCCGCGGCCACCUUGACGCGCAUCGCAUCUUAGCGCAGACAGGCAUCGAC